AUGUUGAUUGUCUUGUUUAUUUUAGGGAUUUUUCACUCAUUCCUCGAAGUAGGCGGAGAUGGAGUGGUCCUUUUGGGUUCAGAUUUUGUAAGGAAGGAUGAGAAGAAAGAUGAAAGAGUUGAGCGCUUAGUGGAUAUGAUCAAAGGAAACUACGAGUGGAGCAAUCAUGUUUGGGGAGUAUCGGAUGGAGGUCCAGGGUCUGAAAUGGUGGAAUCUGAGGAAGAGAAAGAAGAGGAAGGAGAUGCCGAUGCUGAUACCGAGAUUGGCGAGAGUAGUCAUGUUACACCGGAUGUGGAUUCAGGUAAAAAGAAGAGAAAGAAUGCUGACCAAGGAGCAGAUGCAAGGAAGAAGAAGUUGUUGUGCCAGCUAGCUGCUUCAAACAAGGGGAGCGGUAGCACUGACACAGACAUGAAGCAAUUCUUCGAGGGUUUGCUAAAAGCUUCAUUUACUGCUUUUGAUGGGAAAAUCGUUCACCAGUUCUCCGAUAGAAUCGACAAGAUUGAGACAGCGGUAACAAGCAGGCUCGGGAAGUUGGAGAGUGAGGUUUCACAGCUCAGGACCGCGUUUGUCCUCACCGAAAUGGCGGGAAAGACUGAUCAACAUACCGGUCCUAGCAAGACUGGAGUAGACACAGCUCCUGCCUUCUCCCAAAAAGACACAGUUCUUGCCUUCUCCAAGGAAGAGAGCGCUCCUGCCAAGACCAAAAAAGUCACAGCUCCUGCCAUCUCCAAAAAAGACACAGCUCCUGCCAUCUCCAAAAAAGACACAGCUCCUGCCAUCUCCAAAAAAGAAACAACUUCUACGAAGAGUACAAAAGUCACAGGUCCACAAACAAGAAAGGUAACGAAUAAGAGAAAGGAAUUAAUCACCGAUGAUCCGCUUAUUGAUUUACCUAGAGUAAACUUGACUCUAUCACUAGGAAUUGAUUUUCAUAUGAGUACACAAGAUUACUUGCAAAGCUGUUUCCCAGACCUUUCACAGGAUACAUUUGUAGAGGUUUUUGAUCCUUCUCAGCCUAAAACCGAUGAUCCUUUGGCUUUGUCCUCUCCAGGAACAUCAGAGAAGAUACAUGUUCGGGAAUUAAAUGACUAUCAAAUUGCACGAGCCGGUGAGAACGAUCCUGAUGCGCAAUUGGUAUAUGUGGAUCCAGAAAAUUUUGAAAGACUUCAAGAGUGGCAGGACUUAAGAACAAACUUUUACCUUCACUUCCAGGAUGUUUAA